UUAGUUGUCUCCUUCUUCAGAGAUCCUGGGACAGAAUCCCCAGGGAAGGAAUGUAGCUACCGAAAAAACUUGGGUAUUAUUCUGUUUUCGGUUGUUUUUUUCCCCUUAAUAUUAAUUGCAAAAUUUUUCAGCAUUCUGCUUCGCUCAAACAUUAACAGAACACUUCAGACGACUUUUGAUUUGGAAGAAGCGGCUCAUUUAUGUGACUCUUAACGAUUCUUUGAACAUGUGAUUUUUAAAAUGUGUCGGCCUUGAUUUUACAUCAGUGUGUGCUGGAAGCUAUUGCCACUCUCUGGAACAGAGCAAACUAGUCCAACACUUUCCAGCUGCCACGGGUGUCCUCAGAAGCUGGGCAGAUCCAUGGAGAAGACACUGACAAUAGGUCUGACUCUUUUUCUAACCCUCUGUGUGGACAUACCUGAAGUUGGAGGACUGAAGGAGGGUGCCAAUGGAGAAAACAAUCAGAAACGUUCAUCACGAUCUUCAGAUACAAAUGGAAGUCGCUGCUCCUACACCUUCAUUGUGCCACAGCAAAAACUGACAGGGGCUCUGUGUUUGAACACACAAUCUGCCACCAACAACCACUCUGAGGUGGCAUUGCUACGGGCGGAGCUCAAACAACAGCUGGAACAGCUGGAGAAACUCCGGGGCCAACUGGACCAGGAGGGGGCCCUUGCCAUGGAGGUAAGAGCCCUGCGCAAAGAGAGUAGCAGCAUGAAUUCCCGCAUUGCCCAGCUCUAUGCCCAGCUGCUACAUGAAGUCAUAAACAAAAAAGACCAGGCUUUGGAGCAGCGAAGGGUGGAGAACCUGCUGCUAAAUGCUACAACACAGGCACUGCAGGUGUCCAGUAAUUACAGGGAGCUGGAGAAGAAAUAUGGAGCCCUCACCUCCAUGAUGAGCUCCCAGAACCAGCUUAUUGCUCGUCUGGAGAAGCAGUGCCAGUGCAGGGACUCCACCCACCAGCCUUCUGUGGCGAUGACUGAGCCACCAAAAAGCCAGUCAAACGUGCAUCCUAAUUACAGCUCCGAAGCCAAAGAAAUGACCAAUGAUGUUCAAAGGGACCAAAGUGCUCCUCCACCACAGCAGGAAAAAUCAGAGGGAGUCCAGUCCCUCCCCAGCACUACAGCUAACACUCCUACAGACCCCCCUUUCAUUAGUUUCCCUGUCACAAAGACUCCAGGGCCAUGGCGGGACUGCCAGCAUGUGUUGGAAUCAGGUGAGACCACCAGCGGGAUAUACCUGCUCCGCCCGCAGAGCGCUAACCGCCUGAUGCAGGCUUGGUGUGAGCAGAGUCGGGCUCAGGGAGGGUGGACGGUCAUCCAGAGGAGACAGGACGGGUCGGUCAACUUCUUCAGGACUUGGGAGCAGUAUAAGCAAGGCUUUGGGAACCUAGAUGGAGAGUAUUGGCUCGGCCUGGAACACCUCUACUGGCUGACUAAACAGGCUCAUUAUAAGCUACGGGUGGCUCUGGAGGACUGGCAGGGCCGGCAGGUGUUUGCAGAGUACGACAGUUUCCUCCUGGAGCCGGAGAGUGACUGGUACCGACUGCGGUUGGGGCAAUACCAGGGCAAUGCAGGGGACUCACUCUCGUGGCACAACAACAAGGCCUUCACCACUCUGGAUCGAGACAAGGACGGCUAUACAGGUAAUUGUGCUCAUUUCCAGAAAGGAGGCUGGUGGUACCACAUGUGUGCCCACUCCAAUCUGAACGGUGUGUGGUAUCGGGGUGGACACUAUCGCAGCCGCUACCAGGACGGGGUCUACUGGGCAGAGUUCCACGGAGGGUCCUACUCCCUGAAACGAGUUACCAUGAUGAUCAAACCCACGUAGCAUGGAAAUAUGAUAAACCAGUGUGAAAGAUUCUCUGACGUGUGUAAAGGGAAUUCAACAAUGUCUAAGAGGCUGUUGAAUAAAAUCUGUCUUCACAGGUUUAUUAGAAGCCAUUCAGUGAAAGAUGUUUAGACCGUGAAUCAUUGGGUGAUGACUAACAUGUUUUUAGUCCUAUCUCUGUGUUGCAAUUUCCUGACAAGGUUUGAUGUUAUCCAAUUUGCUAUGUACUUUUCAAUAAAAUUGCGCCAAAUCA